AUGGAAACCAACUACGACAGGAUGUGGAAGACAAUAUUCAACCCCGCCAGACGUAGAGUCUCGAGGGAAACGACCUUUAUCGGCUCAGUGCCCGCCUCGCCUAGAUUCAAUGAGAUUGGAGUGCAACAACUGAGCGAUUAUGUCCAUCCUCAGGUUUUCCCGAACAAGGGUCGCAUACCGGACCCGGAAUUGGUUGCGUUAGCAAAGGACCAUCUCGCAAGACAUGAGCUCCUGGGCAAAUCGCAAAAAGGCGCCGAGCCGAUCGCAUUCGAUCUACCGAAACUACAUGGCCAGACACUAGACGAACACUUUUAUAAGCUUGGUAUGGAUGCGUCGGAGCCCUACUUAUCUUACGCGAAAUCCUUCGUCGCCGUGAAUUGCCCGGACAAACCGCGCAAGUGGGUGAAUCGCAGCGGAUGGACCAAAUACAACAAUGAUGGCUCUGCGGAACCAGUAGAUGCACCAAAUGAAUCAAUGAUUACAUUCGACACGGAGGUUAUGUACAAGGAGCAUCCUUUCGCCGUCAUGGCCUGUGCUGCGAGCCCUACAGCAUGGUAUGCUUGGAUAUCCCCGUGGCUGCUCGGCGAAUCGACAAAAAAAGAGCACCUUAUUCCCCUCGGAGAUCCAACUCAACCACGGAUCGUGGUUGGCCACAACAUUGGCUAUGACCGUGCUCGCGUUUUGGAAGAAUACGAUAUGAAGCAAACACAGAAUUUCUUCCUAGACACGAUGUCCCUCCAUGUUGCUGUCAAUGGAAUGUGCUCCCAACAGAGGCCGACGUGGAUGCGACAUAAGAAGAAUAAAGCUCUGCGGGACAAGAUCGCAAGCGAGCAUGAUUCGGCUGAGUUGGCUUCAUUGCUUGAAAACAAUAUGUUGAGAGAGGAGGAAGAAGAGUUGUGGGUGGGGAGGAGCUCAGUCAACUCCCUGCGAGAUGUGGCCAAGUUCCAUUGUGAUGUGACAAUCGACAAGGCACAGAGAGACUUCUUUGGUGAACUUGACAGAGAAUCUCUUCUAGCAAAAUUGGAGGAACUCCUUGAUUAUUGUGCUGCCGAUGUCGCUAUCACCCAUCGUGUCUACCGCAAAGUCUUUCCCAACUUCCUAGAGACAUGCCCCCACCCGGUUAGUUUCGGUGCCCUCCGACAUCUGUCUUCGGUCAUACUUCCUGUCAACCAGACCUGGCAGGAGUAUAUCAAAAAUGCUGAAGAAACCUACCACAAACGACUUAAUGACGUGCAGCGAAAAUUGAAUGAACUGUGCAAUGAAGCUCUGAGCGUCAAAGAUCAGCCAGAUGUUUAUGAUAACGAUCCUUGGCUUGGCCAGCUGGACUGGUCCGGCCAGGAGAUCAAAAUGGUUAAAGGGAAGAAAAAGGGUGAUCCUCCUCGCCCUGCCGCGCGCCAGAAGAAACCGGGAAUGCCCAAGUGGUACAAAGAUCUUUUCCCUUCAAGCCACGCGGAAAUCAAUCUCACGGUUCGAACUCGCAUUGCUCCCGUUCUCUUGAAAUUGGCAUGGGAUGGCUACCCUCUCAUUUGGUCUGACAAAUAUGGGUGGACCUUCCGAGUUCCCCAUAGUCAGGUAAAGCAAUAUGAAAAUCAGCCAGUUGUUCGGUGCGAUAUGACCGCUGAGGAUAAGACUGCACAACUUCGAGAGGACCGGAAGAACGUCUAUUUCAAAAUACCGCAUAAAGACGGCCCACAAGCGAGAUGUACCAAUCCUCUUGGCAAAGGAUAUAUGCAAUACUUUGAGCGCGGAAUUCUUUCAUCUCAAUUUGAGCUCGCAAAGGAAGCUUUGGACAUGAACGCUUCCUGCUCUUAUUGGAUUAGUGCUAGAGACCGUAUCAUGAGCCAAAUGGUUGUCUACGAGGAUCAAGUACAGAACAGUGGCUCUUCAAGUGGGGAUUCCAGUCACAGAGUGGGGUUCAUAUUGCCUCAAAUCAUCCCCAUGGGUACCAUAACUCGUCGUGCUGUGGAAAAUACAUGGCUCACGGCGAGCAACGCCAAGUCCAAUCGGGUCGGAUCUGAAUUGAAGGCGAUGAUUAAAGCACCCCCGGGUUAUGCUUUUGUCGGCGCAGACGUCGACUCCCAGGAGCUCUGGAUUGCUAGUCUCGUCGGAGAUGCUUCUUUCCAACUGCAUGGUGGAAAUGCGAUCGGUUUCAUGACUUUGGAGGGUUCCAAGGCGGAAGGUACAGACUUGCAUUCAAGAAGUGCAUCCAUUCUCGGAAUUUCUCGAAAUGACGCGAAGGUAUUUAAUUACGGCCGAAUCUAUGGAGCCGGUGUGAAGUUCGCUGCAACUCUCCUUCGCCAAUUCAAUCCAUCCUUGACCGAAAGGGAAACGCAGGCAACUGCAGCCAACCUUUACAAGGAGACCAAGGGAACACGGACAUCCCGACGAAUUCUAAGUGAGACUCCGUUCUGGCGAGGUGGCACCGAAUCUUUCGUGUUCAAUAAGCUCGAAGAAUUCGCAGACCAGGAAAGACCUCGAACCCCCGCCUUGGGUGCUGGCAUAACGGAAGCCCUGAUGCGACGAUUUAUUAACAAAGGAAGCUUCAUGACUUCCCGAAUCAAUUGGGCCAUUCAGUCAUCAGGUGUUGAUUACUUGCAUCUAUUGAUCGUCGGUAUGGACUUUUUGAUCCGGCGAUUUAAUAUCCAUGCGCGUCUAGCCAUCACCGUCCACGAUGAAAUACGAUAUAUGGUCAAGGAUGAGGACAAAUACCGUGCAGCUAUGGCUCUUCAGAUUGCAAAUCUCUGGACGCGCGCCAUAUUCUCGCAGCAAGUUGGUAUUGACGAUCUUCCACAGUCCUGUGCCUAUUUCUCAGCUGUCGACAUCGAUCAUGUGCUCCGGAAAGAGGUUGACAUGGACUGUAUUACACCUUCACAUCCGAACAAGAUUCCUCACGGUGAAACUCUGGAUAUUUCUCAGCUGCUGUCCAAAGAUGAAGCCGCUUUCCUGGACCCAUCGAUCACCCCCGCGUCUGCUCCAAACCCAGAGCAAUACAAAUAUACGCCACGAGACUCGGUCAUGUCCGCCCUGCAAGCCUCCAAUGACUUAGCUCUCAUCAAAGCUCAGAUCACGAAAGAUGACGCAGAACUUCGUGAUAUCAUCAAACAAAAAACUCAACUCUCCGCGUCUAGUCCCAAAUCCACCACCUCACGUUCUUCCCCAAGCAAGAGCCGAGUUAAAACGUCAGGCUGGGCAUCUGCGGAACCUCAACGUGCUGUUCUGAUGGACGUUGAAUCAGGGCUUUAUCCGGAUUUCCGCGACUCCCCUCGCACCUCUUCCCACACUGGCAAACAGCCUCAAGUGGGUCUAUACCGUUCUCAAUGGAAGCCACGGCCAAGUGCUCGAGCAUAA